AUGGCGACCUCUGAAGAAGGCAGCAACCCCGGCAGCAGAGCGACGCCUGGGCCCCUGGCGCAGCCGCAGGAGCUCGAGCCGAGGGUGGCCCGUAGACGCCUGUCCCAGGCCCGCCACCGGGCCACCCUGGCAGGGCUCUUCAGCAACCUCAGGAAAACCGUUUACUCCCACUCUGAUCUCACAGCCUCCAAGUGGCAGGUUUUGAAUAAGGCGAAGACUCACAUUCAGGAACUGGAACAAACCUUGGAUAAUCUGUUGAAGCUGAAAGAAUCCUUCAGCCUGGAGGACGGGAAUGCAAACAGCCUAGAGGCAGUCAAGGAAGAAUAUGCCAGCAUGUACUCCAGAAAUCCCGGUCUGCUGUCAAAUGAACUUCAUCAGGAAGACUUUGACACCUGGUGUCCAAUAGAGGUAGUCGGGAAGGAUGCUGAGGAAGAAGAGGAGGAGGAGGACAAAGAAGAGGAAGAAGAGGUGGAGGAAGCAGAGGAGAAAAAAGUGGAGCUCUUACACUCCCCUGUCACCUUGUUGCCAGACCUCAUGGAAUUUGAACGGUAUCUCAACUUCUACAAACAGACGAUGGACCUUCUGAUCGGGAACGGGAUCGUCUCCUCACAGGAGGUGACACUCCCCAUCGUCUCUGCGGCCAUCUCCCACCUGUGGCAGAUCCUCUCUGAGGAGAGGAAGGCCGACCUCCUGCGGGCCUGGGCGCAGAAGCAUGGCGGCGUCGCGGGGACCUGCCAGGAGCCAGCCUGUGCCGAGGGCAGCAUGAAGGAUAGCGGAGUCGACAGCCAGGGGGCCAGCUGCUCGCUUGUCUCCACCCCGGAGGAGAUCCUUUUUGAAGAUGCCUUCGAUGUGGCAAGUUUCCUGGACAAAAGUGAGGCUCCCAGUACAUCUAGCUCCAGUUCCGUGCUGGCCGCCUACAACCCAGAAAAUCCAGAGGAGAAGUUUCAGCUCUACAUGCAGAUCAUCGAAUUUUUUAAAGGCCUUUGCUGUGUUAACACUCAGUUUAAACAGGAGCCAGAUCUUCCCGUUGAUGAUGAUUUGAUCAUGCUGAGGUGCAUGGAGACGUUUGACGAUGAAGAUCUGUGAUGUGGAAGGGUCGGGGGGCAGGGAGUGAAGGAGAGUGGGCAGUCUCCAGGUUUGAAUGCUGCAGCCAAGGCUGCACCUGCCUCAGCCUGGCAGGACGUUUUGGAGUUUGCUGUCCUGAAAGCAUUUUGAUGGUUGUAGUUUCUGAUUUGUUAUAAAAUAUUUAAGAGUAGUGUG